UCAAGUUUUAUCGUUUAAAAUCAUGUGCGGUUCGAUUCGUUUCUGUUGUUUCCCAUUUUUUCUUUCUCGAUUUCGUUCACAUCGAAAUGAAACAUUCGUUUCGCGAAACGUGUAUUCGAAAACACCCGCGCCCGAGCUCGGUACGCGAGUAAGUAUGUAGGUACGUCAGGGUUGUAUAUGCCCCUCUUGCUUUCGAUUCCAUUUUCCCGGUUCUUGAAUCUGUCUCUCUGUCAUUGGCCAACCAAUCGUGAAGGUCAGCCGUUACGUUGCCGCGGGAUGGCGCUGUUUCGGAAAGAAUCGUACCUUCGAAAUGCGAAGCAUGUUACACGUUUCUGUUCGAUUCUCGCGCGCAAUCUGCUUUGGCAAUGACGGCACCUUCGCACAAUGGAAAAUGGAAGAUUUUUUACGGGAACGGAUUCUGUGAAAGAAUUUUAUUUUGAAUUAUUCGGACGUGUUGUUUUCAUUGCUGUUUCACGUUAUUAUGGAUACCUGUGACAAAUUGUGGACGCAAUAAUGCCCGGAAUUCGAAAAGAAACCAGAACUCGAUCAACUUGUCGUCUGUUGACACUUAAACUACGUUUAGAGCGUAUGGACAGACGUGUGAACUUACAAAAAUUGAGAUCGGAAAACAAUGAAAAUUCCAUUACAUCGGAGCAUAUUGGAGCUUGUUCUCCUCCGAGCAUUAAUUCUGUGAAUGUGCCAUCGACCAGUGAGAUUCAUAGGAACGUACAGGCGGAGAACAAUAAUUCUCAGUAUAAUGAAAGCUUUAAAAUACGUUUGAAUACUAGUGGUGGAAUUACUACUGUUAAACAAGAACCAAAUGAUAAUCAAGGAAAACUUGAAGCAAAAAUAGAAACUGGUAGUGAUAUUAGAUUAGAAUGGGAAGAAAGAAAGAAAAGAAGAUCAGAUCCAAUAUCGUUGUCCGGUGGAAACAAAAGGAAAAGAGGAGUUUCGUGUUCAUCUACAAUUAGCAAUGAUACGUCUUCGACGGUACAGGAUAAGGUAUUAACUCACGAAACAACCAGAAAAGGUGAUAGGAAGGGCAAGCUAUUGGCAAAGAAGCAGUCGUUUCUUACAACGGAAGAGCAUUAUUAUACAGCUGUUGGAGAUCCUAAUUAUACGUUAAGUUUGAAAGAACCUAGUCCAAUGGAAAGUGAUACCUCUUUGGAAGUUCCCAAUUGGAGAGUGAAAAUAUAUACGAGUUGUUAUACGAUGGAAGGGACUGAAAACUUAGACGACGAAAUUUUCAACAAGAGGCAUUUAAAAUUGGAAAACGACGAACGAAGAAGAAAAAGAUGGGAUGUACAAAGGAUAAGAGAACAGAGGCAUAUCGAAAAGCUGAAACAGAGACAGGAACGACAAAAUCAUCAAGCCACGUGUUACAAUACCAAUCACACGGGGCCCUGUCCCUCCACGAUCGAAGAAGAGGCUGUGUCGUCGUUAUGGCCUGACAUGGAGCACAUACAAAGUCUUCAAGUGGAUGCCCAAUUACCUGUUACUGCAUUUGGUGCUCCUAUACCUAGUUUUACUCCAAGCGAAUUUUCUUUACCUUGGUCGAACAUGCCGCGAUCAACUAGUCGGCGACCAAAACGAUCGACGGGUAGAAGAAAAUCUACUAGGAGAUAAACUUUUACGACAAUGGACUUGACUACCUUUGUCUUAUAAUUUUUAAUCUUUGUUAUAGACUUGCUCCCUUAUACUUCCGUUUUUCUUUUUUCUAAUAUCAUAUUCUUUAUACUACGUGAAAUAGGGGCACCAAAGAUAUUUUUAUUACUUUUUUUAAAAUAUAAUUCAGGAAAGAUGCCUAUAAUUGAUAGGAGUACCUAUUAUCUUUUUAUUUUCUACAUAUUCGGUCGGUGAAGUUGUUUAUUCACUGC